AUGAGGUUUGUAUUGAAAAGCACGGUUCGUAAAGACAGCACCUUUUCUCGAGUGGACUGGUACCAAUUCUCAUGUUUAUCUUCCCCCUUCCAUGCAUUGCUCAUACAGGCCAAAGAGGACGAGAUAGGGAACCUGAAGGGUGACACCACUCGCCUCACCAAGAUGCGGGAGACCAUUCAGCGUAAGCUGCGCAAUGUGGAGGAGCAGAAGGGAGAAACAGAGCAAGCGAAAGAAACCCUCAAGUCACAGAUUGUUGCACUGGAGAGAGAGAUUGAUUCUAAUAAGAAACAAACCGAGAUGGAUCGUAAGGCUAUUGAUGACUUGGUCCGUGAGAGGGACAUCCUCAACAAGAACUUGCUCAAGGCUGCCAGCGCCACCCAGAAGCAGCUGAACCUGGUCAAGCUGCAUGAGCAAUCCAAGAAGAACCUGGAGCAGGAGAUUGCCAACUACAAGGAGGAAGCCCAGAAGCAGCGUAAAAUCAUCUACCAGCUGGAGAAGGAGCGUGAUCGCUACAUCAACGAGGCCAGCGAUCUCACCCAGAAGGUUCUGCAACACAUGGAGGAUGUGAAGGUGAGAGAGAUGCAGAUCUUUGACUACAAGAAGAAGAUUGCCGAGGCCGAGACCAAGCUGAAGCAGCAGCAGAACCUCUACGAAGCCGUCAGGAGCGACCGUAACCUCCACAGCAAGAACCUCAUCGAGUCACAGGAUGAGAUCACCGAGAUGAAGAGGAAGCUGAAGAUCAUGAACCACCAGAUCGACCAACUGAAAGAGGAGCUCACAGCCAAGGAGGCUGCCCUUGUCAAGGAACAUCUUGAUCACCAGAGGGUUGAGAAAGAGAAAGAAGCCCUGAAGGCAGAGCUACAGCGUAUGAAGCAGCAGGCUUCAGAGAGCAAGGCUUACAUCGAGGCUCAGGAGGCAGAGGAGAGGAAGCUCCUCAAGAUCAUCUCCGAGGCUGAUGCUGAGAGGCUCAGGCAGAAGAAAGAAUUGGACCAGGUCAUCAGCGAGCGUGACAUCCUGGGCACCCAGCUGGUGCGACGCAACGACGAGCUGGCCCUGCUCUACGAGAAGAUCAAGAUCCAGCACUCCACCCUGGGUAAGGGAGAGCUCCAGUACCGCCAGCGUCUGGAGGACAUCAGGCUCCUCAAGCUCGAGAUCAAGAAGCUCCGCAGGGAGAAGAACAUCCUCAACAAGAAUGUGGCCAAUGUCGACGACCUCAGGCGUGAAGUGUACCACCUGCAGCGUGAGCUUCUGCGUGAGCGCACCCGCUGCAAGGCCCUGGAGGAGGAGCUGGAGAACCCCAUGAACAUCCACCGCUGGAGGAAGCUGGAAGGAUCCGACCCCAGCACUUACGAAAUGAUCCAGAAGAUACAGACCCUGCAGAAGAGGCUCAUCCAAAAGACGGAGGAGGUGGUGGAGAAAGAGCUCCUCAUUCAGGAGAAGGAGAAGUUGUACGUGGAGCUGAAGCACAUCCUAGCCCGCCAGCCAGGACCAGAGGUGGCUGAACAGCUUCAGAUCUAACAGACACUCAACGACAAGACCAAACAGCUCAAGGGAAUGGCAUCGGAGCUGAACAUGUACGAAUCCCAGGUCCAAGAGUACAAGUACGAGAUAGAGAGACUCGCCAAAGAGCUGCAGGAUGCCAAGAAGAAGUACUACGCCCAGAAGCGAAAGGAACAGCAAGCAAGAGAGCGGGACAGAGCCUUGGCGCAAGCUGGAGCGCCACCUAUCCAGCCGCAACGGACAGACGGUCCUAGGUUCACAGGAGGGGGCUUCAACUUGAAACAGACCGGGAAAGUAGGCGCUAGCUGAAGACCCCGCCCACCCCUAAUUUAACCCAGCCAUAUUAUUAUAUCUAUUAAGAAUAUUGUAUUGUCCAAAUCUAUUUUGUGGAAAGUUCUCACUUGUUACUGCCUUAUAUUACUAAUAUUUGGUAUUGGCACUUUGCUAUUAAUCAUUAUGUCUGUUCCUGAAGUAAUUAUAGACGUUGUUUUAGAUGGAAGUGAAGAAAUGGGUGGGAACUCCAAUUGAGAAUGUUAAAAUUUGGAAUGAAAUGGUGGUUGACAAAAUUCCCAGUACUUGCAGCUGGUAGCCUGAAUAUACAGAUUUCAAUAUUCAAUUCUACAAGUACAAUCUAUGAUCUCAUUGUGAUUUUGUUAUCAUUCUCUCAUAUUCCUGGCAAAAACACACCCCGAACUGAACCUAGACAAUACAAAAUAGAUAAUCCAGUAUACAACCACAAAUGUGCUUUUUGAAGUGUAAUUCUUAUCCUUCUUUUUACAUGUACAUUUUUGUUUUACUUAUCUGAAAGAUAUAAGCUCUUAUCAGUUCAGAGGAUACUACAUAUAUCAAACAUGCAUUUUCUAGAUGGUUUUAAUAUAUAUAGUUUAUACAAACAUGCUUGUUUUGCCCAUAUAUUGUAUCACAUAUAUUAUGAAUAAACCAUUUACUACACGCCGUCCAUAUCUUUAUUAUAUGCAAAUUGAAGACCUUGCUGUUUAUAUCUUGAAAUAAAAUGAAACUUUCACUGAAAACACUAA